GUCUUCAGUGAUGUCUCUAUUCAGUCUGCUGCUGUUUUUCUCUCUCGCGGCCCACACCGGAGCCUUCGACCUGGGCCAGACCACCCGCUGCGUCCCCAUCCCGCCACAGAUGAGCGUCUGCCAGGAUGUCCCGUACUCAGAGAUGCGUUUACCCAACCUGCUGGGUCACGGCAGUCUGGAGGAAGCGGCUCCUCGAUCUGACGACUUGAGGACCCUGCUGCACACUGGCUGUCACCCGCAGGCCCGGGCCUUCGUCUGCUCGCUCAUCGCCCCUGUAUGCCUCGACAGGUUCAUCCAGCCAUGCCGGAGUGUGUGUUUGGCAGUAAAGGAGAGCUGCAGUCCCGUUCUAGCCUGUCACGGACACUCCUGGCCUGAAUCACUAAAUUGUGAGCGAUUCCCGGAGCAGGACGACUGUCUGACGCCGCUGCCCAAACACAUCAGUGCUUUCUCCAAAGAGUUCCCUCAGCCAGCAUGUCAGAGCUGUCCAUCAGUCCAGGAGUCUCCGUCACUCAAAACCCUGCUGGACUCGCUCUGCCUCAACGACUUCGCGGUGAAGGUGAAGAUCAUGCGUCGGCGUGUGCCGUCUUCCGAGCCGGAGUUUACAGUAGAGGGCGCUGUGGAGCUGAUCGAGCGCGGGCCGCUAAUGCCCUAUGACACCGCUAGUCUGCUGCAGCGCUGGAUGCUAAUCAACCUCCGCUGUGCGCAUGCGCUAGUCAGACCCGGCCGUGCGCAGUUAUACCUCAUCACCGGGAAAAUGCGUGCUGGUGGAUCCAUCGAGAUCGCUAAUCUGUUCCCGUGGCUGAAGAAAGACUUGCACAUCGCCACGGCAACACGCAAGUGGAAACACUACAAGUGCUGAGAGAAAGCGCAACUUAUGUAUAUAUUUAUAAAAAUAUAGAAAAAAGACUUUGAAGAGUGAUGUGAAGUCCAGAUGUUGAGCUUUUAUUUCAGUAUGUUGACGUACUUCCAACUGAAACUGAAUAUUAAGCAGGGGGGUGGGGCUUAUUUUUGCGCAUCAUUCACUAGUAGCAAUCUAACUGUAAGAGGGGCGUGGCUACAAAUAAGAGGGGUGUGGUUAUGGAUAAGACAGGUGUGUCUACAAAUAAGAGGGGUGUGGUUAUGCAUAAAAGGGGUGUGGCUAAGAAUAUAGUCACUUUGUUCGAAUUGCAGAUGCAGAUUACCAAAACAAACAUUUCAAGUUUUUUUAAAAAAGUGGAUUUUAAGCGCAAAUGGUAUUGUACCUCACAUUUUUAUUCAUUUUUGCUUACAAUAUUGUGCCCUAGAUAUGAUUUAACACACACACACACACACACACACACAGCUCUUUGAUCUCAGACUUGAGAUGCACUCCAACUGUUGUACAUAGAGAUGAAAUAUUAUUAUUAUUUUCUAUUCAGAUGUAAUUUGUAAAGAUAUUCAGAUGUAUAAGUGUAUUGUAUGUCUGUUGGUUGUUGUUGUUGUUGUGCUGUAAAUAAUAAAUGUUUUUAAACUA